AUGGACGACGGCGCAGGUAGGAUGUAUGGCGUCGCGACGAGCACCGGACUCAGUGUUUCACUUGCUAUCAGACUUAGUAACGACGAGUGGGGCCAGUGGGAGAAGUGCGAUAUGAUGGAUUUUGAUCCCCCAUUUACGGUGUCGCCGGACUGCAAUCCGGUCCUCCACGAUGGCUCGCUCUACAUACUGGGAGAAGACGGGAAGCUAGUUGUAUACAACGGGGGUAGCCAUGACCAGUGGUUUGAAAUCCUCGAAAAGCCCCACGGCUUUGGGUUUAAAUGCGAGAACAGCUACCUCUUCGAAUCUGACCGGCACGAGCUCAUGGCCAUCUUUGUCGGGCACCACGGGACGCCGGUCAACGUCGUCAAGCUCAACAAACAUACGAUGGAGUGGGAGAAGACGGAGAGCCUCAAAGGAAGAACGUUGUUCACUGUCACGCUGACAACGAUGAUGAAGACGACAAACAUCACAGGGAUGCAAGACGAGGUGUUCCUCCCCGGACUCAUCGAUUGGCGUGAGACCAUCCACGUCGACCUUGUUCAACGCGACAAUGAACUCGCCUUUGUGCCAAAGCUUGGAUUCUCCCAUUCCACUAUGCAAGACGAUAACUAUGACACAAACAUUGAGGUGGCAUGCUUGCAUGUUGAGAGAAAUCACAUAGUGGGUUGCUCCUAUUUAGUUAUUAUAGAUGAACUGGGACAAGGUGAGGAAGCAAGGGCAUUUCGGGGAGUACAUAGGGUAGAUCCUAGUAUCUGGGUUGAUUUUAGUAGUAGCUAA